UGUUUAUCUCGAGGAAUUUGUAGUAGGAGUAACUAAUACCUUACGUUCGUCGAAGCGUAAAACAUCAGGUUUGUCUCUGUGCGCGAAUAGUUUUUGCUUUGUUGUAAUGAACACCCCACAAAACACUUUAAACGUCACUUUUAAUGACGAUAAAGAAAUACAGGAUUUGUUAAAACAACUCAGUGACGCCAAGACUGAACUUCAAUUUACUAAAGAUGAGCUGGAGCAAGUAAACAAAGAUGUGAAGAAAUGUAGAGAUGAAAUGGACCGGAGGAUGAUGAUGAUGGUCCAGAUGGAUGAAGGCCUGUGGAAUUCACUGCUUGAACUGGAUUCUGUCAUGCAGGAGAAGAAAAGUCUUGUUGAUCAGUUACAAGAAUUAACUUUGUCUAACACCAUAGAGUCAAAGCAAGCUCUUCUGAGUGGUUUGCAGAAGCAGGAAAGCAGUCUUCUAGAGCAAGAGUGUAACCUAAAACUCAAGCUUAAUCAGCUGAGGAAAGCACUAGAAGAUCCUUCUUCAAACAAAGAGGAAGUUUCACAGGGUGAAAGUCCAAUUCAUCCAGACUCGUCCAGUCAGGAUAAGCCCACUGUAAAAUCAGUUAGAAAAAGAGGAGGACGGAAGUGAAUGUAGCCUACGCAGAAUCUAAAAUGAUGCUGCAUUUUUUGUUUGUUUUGUAAAAUUAAGUCUUCGUAAACUGAAUAAAAUAAAACUUUGCCUUCUUGUAUGCUGUAUUAGGUAC